GUGUGUGCGUGUGUGCGUGUGUGCUCGCGAGCUGCCGUGAUCGUGACGCCCUGGCUCGCGUGGAAAGCUGCUGCAGAAGAGAUAAGAUAAGAGACCGCGCACCACGCCCGGUGGCCCAAGCAUGGACGCAUCUAGCUAGACAUCUCGAUCCAAAAUAACUUUAACUCUAUCUUGACGGCUGGCCAUGGCCCAUGGCAAUCUGAUGCAGGUCAUUUGUCCCAUGGGCGUGGCUCGAUAUCCAUUAUCAUGGCUGAGUUUCUGGGGAAAAGGAGGCUGUGCUGGAGGUGCUGGGCCUCUGACGGUACGGAGCGGUUGGGAGCUGCGGAGUGCCGUCACGACUCACAAGUGUGCAGGAGUGCGAGGAUGCGAGCGAUGCGACCUCCGCCGCUUCUUCGCGGCUUCUGGAAGCCUUCCUAGAACGCGAUUCCACUCCACUUUUGGAUGUUGACUCUUUCUGGUGCUUUUGCUUACUCUGAUCCACUCAUCCAGUAUUUCAGCUCGCGUUCCCACUUUCAUUCCGUGAUAUCCGUCCGGAAUUAAGUCGGAUAUCUUGGCAUUGUGCUGGACAAAUUAUUAUCACCGGCCGACGGACCAGGGGUUGCUAGAGUAUGUGUACUGUACCUCACUAGAAAUAAUAAUCUGAUUUCCAGGUUCAUCGUCAACAGCGCAAGGACUUUGACAAGCGAUUAUUAAUCGAUUGCGUGUAGCGGGAGAGCAUACGAGGCCUCUAUUUUCUGCUGAAACCGAGCUCGCCACCAAGAUUUCAAUGAGAGCAAAACGAGGACAGCGAUGGCACUCGGGCACGACAUCAAGGACACCUCACACAUGCCAACCACAACCAUAUCUGCGAGAGCUGGACUUUACCCUGACCUGACAUAAGCCAUUCCAAGUAUUCCAAGCCCCAACCACCCUCUGCCCAGGCACCCGGAGAGUCCAUGGCAUUUCAGCCACGGCAUCACGUGGACGCUCUCCUCAAAUGAGAAUAGCCCCCGAUCCCGGCUGUGGUCUCUGCGCGCUUGGCCGCACAAUUUUGCACAAUUUGCCCCGCUCCUCUCAGCCUUGGAGGGGAACGCCAAUGCUCUUUGCUCUUCCAUUUGCUCUUCCUGGGGAGGGAUGUUUACUUGUACCUACUCUAACUCAUGCGAUGACACUGCUGCAACCUACGUAGAGCAGAUCAGAGCAGAUCUUCCCCUCCACGAGCGUCGUCGUGCCUAAUCCACUUCGAAGUGCCGGUUCUGCUUGUUCCUUGCCACCUAUCUAUCUAUCUCCGGUUUUCUUCCAUCCUUUCCAAUUCUGCUCUGGAUCCUGCAGUACUGUACAGCAAUCACACGAGUCAACAAUCACAUCGGCAGCAGUUCUCCGUGAGAACAAGUGAGCUGCACUUCCGAGCCACAGGUCCACAGGUCCACAAUUCCACUCCCUGGGAUCUGUAGGGCAAGAGUAGCGGGCGCCUCUUCCUGCAUGCCAAGAUUACAAUUCCCUACGGGACCCCUAAUCGAGAACAAUGACGAGGGGAUGAGUAACGUCGCCAAAUUUUAGCAAAGCAGCCCAAGAGCCACUUCCACUUCCACUUCCACUUCCCUACCUCCUUCCUGCCUUCCUGCCUUCCUGCCUCACCACUGCCAGACCCAAAGUCAUCUACUUAUUUAUUUAUUUAUUCAUUCCGAUCCUUUCCAAUCCUCUCCCAAUCCCAAUCUAUCUAUACCUUACCCACUCGACGCUGCCCAGCAAUCCCAGUAUUCCGUACCCCCAUCCACCCUCGAUACACAGAGCUAGUCUACUUACCACCAGCAACCUUGCCUCUACCGUACUGUAUGUAGCCUCGCUCUUCUUCCGAGCCACGACCAGAUCUCGCUGUUGGAGGAGCUGCACAGCACAGCGCAGCGCAAGACUCCCCCGGCCCACUUGCAAGGCGCAAGUCAAGCCUACAAGCCGCAAACACCUCCCCGUAUCAGCCACUGAACUGCAUGCACAGGCCGGUCAAGGUCAAGACGUCACGUUCCCUUGCCUUUCUACUUUGAUCCUAGCUAGAGGGGUCGGAGUAAACUAUUAUUGAUACCGUUCGCCGAGUCCAUUACCUUACAUACAAGACCUACCUACGGACUUCCUUUCUCUUUAUAAGCUUCUUUAUCCCCUCGCUCACCCACUUUCAGUACUGAUUGAUCAUUGCCUGCAAGCCGGGAGCCUCAGGAUCAGUGUCAAUACUCAUUCUCAUUCCCAAUCCAGGCCAGUACAUUUGUCAUCGAGCGGGCCUUCAUCAAUACAAUCGCCGGAUCCACAGCUCCUUGUGCCUUCUAACUCUAUCUUAUCUAAAGCGAGCCACAGACCGGCUCUUGUUACUUUUGCCCGAAUCGCAUGGCUGGCGAUAUGUUUGUUCAGAACUCUCUUCCUAGAGCAGCAGCUCCUUCGAAUACUAGCGGCCAGUCCUCACCCGAACCCUUCGACGGAGAAGACGACCCAAGCUCUGCGGCGCAAUGGCAAUCGCAAGAUGCGACGUCGCCAAAUCCGACAUCUCAACCCAUUAAGAAUACUGCGCCUCUCCAAAAGCGCCGACGAGUAACUCGUGCUUGUGAUGAGUGCCGGAGAAAGAAAAUCAAAUGUGAUGGGAAGCAGCCAUGUACCCAUUGCACUGUCUAUAGUUAUGACUGUACAUAUGACCAACCUUCCAACAGACGGAGGAACCCUGCGCCACAGUAUAUCGAAGCAUUAGAGAAUCGUCUGCAACGUGCAGAGACCUUACUCAGAUCAGCUCUACCGAACGUUGAUCUAAACGACCCGAAUAUUGAUGCAGUGAUCCAGCGGCGGCGUCAAGCCGCAAGGGGAAACCAGCAUUUGGGACAGUCCGGCGAUGCUUCCGAUGAAUCUGAACAUGAUGCGCAGCUACGCUCAAUGAUUGAAUCCACUGGACAGCUUGACCUUGACGAAAGUGGUCAUUGGGACUUCCAUGGAGGAUCAUCUGGGACGGUCUUCGUCCGACGAAUGCGUGAACAAUUUGGUGGCCUUCUAGGAAAUAGUGAACAGAGUGGCCCGCUGUUCCCUCGGAUGCCUCAGCCGAGUGGUAUUCCCAAUUUUGAAUCACCUCGGUCAAUGACCGACAGUCCCAUGGAAAGUGGCCUGGCCAACACGAUAGAUCUUCCAAGCCGGCAGACUGCAAGAGCACUAUGUGAUGAUUCGCUCAACUGUGCCUGUGCCCUCCUACGCUUUGUUCACCAGCCAAGUUUCUAUGAAAUGUUUGACAGAAUGUAUGAUGUUUCCCCAGAAAACUUUGAGGAUGCUGAGAAUCGAUUUUUGCCACUUCUGUAUACCGUUUUGGCCGUUGGAUGUAUGUUUCACACCGAACCAGGACAGUCUUCAAAUGAAGGAGACCAGCAUACCUACAUGUCUGGUAUUGACGAAGGAUUAAAAUAUUUCCGCGCGGCCAGGAACAUGAUUGAUAUUACAGAUUGUCGUGAUAUCACAUCAUUACAGGCCAUCAUAUUUAUGACUCUCUUCCUCCAAUCGUCGUCAAAUCUGAGCACGUGCUACUCGUACAUUGGAGUUGCACUGAGAUCAGGGCUCCGAAUGGGAAUCCACCGAAGUCUUGCUGGCAAUUUCAAUCCCAUUGAACGCGAAACAAGGCGCAGGGUCUUUUGGGUGAUCCGAAAAAUGGAUACAUACGUUUCAGCGAUGCUGGGAUUCCCUCAAAUGCUUAGUUAUGAUGACAUUGAUCAAGAGCUGCCCAUUGAGGUAGAUGACGAGUACAUUACUAAAGAAGGUGUUCUCGCUAUGCCUCCGGGAAAGACUUCGCUACUUUACGCUGCCUCUAACGCACAUACUCGAUUGAUGUCUACACUGGACAAGGUAAUCAAGUAUAUCUACCCUACCAAAGGUCUCGAGCAGUCUCUUCAAGGGAGUGCGAAGUCUUCAUAUGUCAUCAGUCAUGCCAAGAUUAGAGAAAUAGAGCGCGAUCUAGCUCAGUGGUUGGACAAACUGCCGAUGGCACUGCGACCAGGAGGAGAGGGCCCACCAGAAGUGCUUCGUGUGCAACAACUUCUGCGCCUAUCGUAUGCCCAUGUUCAGAUGAUGCUAUAUCGACCAUUCCUUCAUUACGUUUCGGAAAAAGGAUGUGCUGGCAGGACCAUUGACGAGAGAUCGUACGCUUGUGCUGCUGCGUGUGUUAGUGUCUCGCGGAACAUUGUUCAUAUCACGGCCGAGAUGAAAAAGAGGGGCCUGCUGGUUGGUGCCUACUGGUUUACAAUGUACACUACGUUCUUCGCGAUUUUGUCUCUUGUAUACUUUGUUCUCGAGAAUCCUGACAAGCCAGGAUCUGCCGAGAUUCUCGCAGAUGUGAAUGACGGAAAAGAUGCUCUGAACGGCCUUGCCAAGAGGAGCCAAGCAGCUGAUAGAUGUUCGAUGGCAUUGAGGGGACUAUUCGAACAGUUACCUGAGAGGCUAAAGGAGGGACGUACAAUGGCAGCUGCCGUGCAGAAGAAAAAGCGAUCGGCACCUGCUCCAUUACCAAAUCCAACAGGACUUCGGAACGUACACCUUUCUCGAGAUCCUCCUGAACCUGUUAUGGGCAUUUCAAGGGCCACAACAUUUCCUAUGCAAGCACCUGCUCACAAUGCCAAUUACCCAAGGACUUCUUUGGACAGCAAUCGCUUCCAGUCGAACCCGAACCUCAGACACAGCUACCACGAGUUUAUGUCCCCGUCAACAGACAUGUCUCCAAUCGGCACCCCAGAUUCUAGUUCGACGGGCAGCAUGCAACCACACUACUCGCUCCCACCACAAUUCGCCGUCAAUACUGGGGUCCCUGACCUCGGAGCAAUGAUGUUUCCAUCUAACGACCCAUUCGCAUACCCCAACCAACCCAUGAUGGAAUUUGAAAAUAUCAAGCAAGAAAAUGUGAUGAUGAGCAACACCCAAGUUCCCCCAAUUUACCUUCCUAACGGCGGCCCUGGACAAGAGUACGAUGAUCUACAAGGCCAACUAUUCGGCCCCCUACCACCAUACCUAUCACAAGCACAGACCAAUUAUGACAUGCAGGGUUCCAUGGCACCUGGAAAUAUGAUGGGCGGUGGCCAUGAAAUGAAUUAUCACGCUGGCGUGCCAACAAACGAAGACAUGAAUUUCGACAGGAUCUUUUCUGGUGAUGGUGAGGAUUGGAGCAAUAUGAUGGCGGAUCAGAGAUACAGAUAGGUAUCAACGGGAUAAUGACAGACAGGCGUCCAAAGGCUGGGUCGAUUCGGCUUGAAUGUGUUCACGACUUUAUGAUGUAUAUGGCAACGCGAGACGUGGUUGUGUCAAUGCAACGUACGAGGAUUAAGUCUGGCUGGACUUGAUUGUUACGGCGUAUACAUGUUAAUAGAAUUGAUAUCCCUCCUGAUCAUCGCAGUUCUCUGAGUAUUUUGUGAAAUUGAAUUCACCCACAUCUCUAGUCCAGGACUCUUUUUGUUGUCUUUGGAUGAGAAGACUGACAUGCCCUUGAAGUCUUGGCAAAACUAGCGCCAAGCACCUCAAGGCUACAUUCGAGCUUCAA